AGAUUAUCUUCUUACCCAAAAAGAUGAAACCAACUGGGUUACUUUCAAAAGACAACCAAGUGAGCACUGCAGACUAAUGAGUAGGAUCAAUAAGAACGUGAUUUUGGCGCUUUUAACUUUGACAAGUUCUGCAUUUCUGCUGUUUCAGUUGUACUACUACAAGCACUAUUUAUCAGCAAAGAAUGGAGCUGGUUUAUCAAAAUCCAAAGGAAGCCGAAUUGGAUUUGAUGGCACACAGUGGCGCACAGUUAAAAAAUUUAUUAUGCUAACAUCCAGUCAAAAUGUACCUGUGUUCCUUAUUGAUCCUUUGAUUCUGGAAUUGAUUAAUAAAAACUUUGAACAAGUCAAGAAUGCUUCUCAUGGCUCCGCUUCAGAAUGCAAGUUUUUCUGUGUUCCAAGAGACUUUACUGCAUUUGCACUACAGUAUCACCUAUGGAAGAAUGAGGAAGGCUGGUUUCGGAUAGCUGAAAAUAUGGGAUUUCAGUGCCUAAAGAUCGAGAGCAAGGACCCCCGGCUAGAUGGGAUAGACUCACUUUCUGGAACUGAAAUCCCCCUCCACUACAUCUGCACAUUGGCCAGUCAUGCUGUCCACUUGGUGGUCUUUCAUGAGAGGAGCGGCAACUACCUUUGGCAUGGCCAUCUACGGCUCAAAGGACACAUUGACAGAAAGUUUGUUCCUUUUCGAAAGUUACAGUUUGGUCGUUAUCCUGGAGCUUUUGACAGGCCAGAGUUACAACAAAUUACUGUUGAUGGAUUAGAAGUUCUCAUUCCAAAAGAUCCAAUGCACUUUCUAGAAGAAAUACCACACUCUAGAUUUAUUGAGUGUAGGUAUAAAGAAGCUCAAGCAUUCUUUCAGCAAUACCUUGAUGAUAACACUGUGGAAGCUAUGGCCUUUCGGAAGAGUGCAAAGGAAUUGUUGCAACUAGCAGCCAAAACAUUAAAGAAAUUGGGAGUACGGUUCUGGCUGAGCAGUGGAACUUGUCUAGGAUGGUAUCGGCAGUGUGGCAUUAUUCCUUAUAGUAAAGAUGUUGACCUAGGAAUUUUUAUACAAGAUUACAAAUCUGAUAUUAUUUCAGCAUUUCAAGAUGCAGGACUCCCACUCAAACACAAAUUUGGGAAGGUAGAAGACAGCUUGGAACUAUCUUUCCAGGGAAAAGAUGAUGUAAAACUUGAUAUUUUUUUCUUCUAUGAAGAGACUGACCACAUGUGGAAUGGAGGCACUCAGGCCAAAACAGGAAAAAAAUUUAAAUACCUGUUUCCCAAGUUUACACUGUGCUGGACCGAGUUUGUAGACAUGAAGGUUCGCGUGCCCUGUGAAACCAUCGAGUACAUCGAAGCCAACUAUGGUACAGUUUGCCUGGCUUACCAGGAGAAAACCUCUUAUAUUAACUUGUUUAGCACCCAUGGAUGUCCCCAGAGAGGUCCUGAGAGUCAAGAUUGACAACCUCUCACUUGACAACCAGGUGACCACUCAGUCCUUCUCUAAGCAGGGAGCACUUGUCCUUUUCUCCUCUGCUGCAGCUGCUGACAUCUGGAUCCUGGAAUAAAACCUCAGUUAUCCAAAUUGAGCAUCCCUGAGAAGCUGGGCAGUGGGGCAAACCCUGAAAUAUGACCACUAGAUGGCAGAAUGUGUGCCACCAUUCCCCCCCAAACAAGUUAACACUCAAGUGAAAAUCAUCUUGCUCUUGAGUCUUAAGAGCCAGAGGGGCCCUCACGGCAACACUCAAUCUAACCCUUUUAUUGUAUAGCUAAAUAAAUAAGCACAGAAAGGAGUGAUUUGAGCAAGAAAGAGUUGAGGCUCUAAGGGUGCCAUGACUCCCAGCACAUGCCUGUUUCAUUGAUCACAGCACAACAUCUUUAGCCCUGCUUGACAUGCUUGACAGAGAAGUUUUCAGGAUGUUUUUGCCAUCACCCACUUAAUAUCUUUCUGCUCAAAUUUAGAGUCUGAGGUGACAGAGGAGGAGUGUUUUGUCCAAAAUGCUUACACUGUCUUCAUACCUUUAUCUAAAACAUGCCUUAUCUCCAAAAGGUGAAAUAGUUCAUAUUUGGAGGCAUCAGCCUUUGGUCAUCAUAUUUUUAAUAUCCAGGAGUACCUGAUUCCCUUAGGCGCAAGAUGUGUCCCAUUUCUGCUUACCUCUCUACUUCCCCAGGAAACCAUUAGCACCAAUCUACUAAGUGCCCAUUUCUGAAGAUUCCCUCCUCUUCCUCUUUAUUGAUACUCUCUUAUGGAGGAUCCAAGAAAUUGAGAAUAGAUUAUGCUCAUUUCUCUUUUUUUUUUUUUGUGACCCUAAACCAUUGUUACUAGCCUUACAGGCUACAAAGCUUCAAAUGGCACAUAGGACAGCAAGGUGUUACACAGGAAAGCAGGGGUAGAUUGGGGACCAGAGCUGCAUCUGGGAAACACACUUGGAAUGCAUUCCCACACUCCAAUAAACCCUCACCCAAUGUCACAAGCCUAAGGCUGCAGAUGUUUCUAAGUCUCCGCCUAGUUUCACCUUCUGAAAAAUGAACAGUUCUCUCAUUCUUAGUAUUAUAAAUCCCCAGGGGAAACUUCCCCUCAAAACACGGUCAGAGAGAGUGCCACAUUCCCACCUUCUAACACAUAGCCAUCAUUUGUAACAACUUUAAAACAUGGGAAAAACUCUAGUUCUUGACCAUUCAAAAGGAUUUCUCUGAAGAAAUGCCCCAGCAGCUACUUCUCUUUCCUCCUCCUCUUCCUCUGUCACUAAGACCCAGGCUAAGUCACCUCUAACAUGUCACUUAGGGAAAGUGCCAUGUUAGCAUAAAAGGGCACAAAGUUUUGAAUUAGGCCUGAGUUUGAAUCCCAGCCUCAUUGUGUGGGAUUUAUGGUGGGGACCUCUUAGCCUCAAUUUCCACAUGAGUGAAUUGGCAUUGAAGAAUGAAGAAUACUUCUAAGGGUUUUUAGUUAGGAUUAAAUGAAAUAUAAAGUGCUUAGUAUCAGGCCUAGAAUUAGGUAAUACUCAAGAAAUGUUCCAUUUCUUGUUUCCAAACCCUUUUUCUAAUUAUUCUUCAAAUGGGAUUAAAGAAACUGUGGUAGGACACAAACCUUACUCAGAAGGUUGCAUGUCUGAAUUUGCUUAGGGAAAAAAAAUCGUUUCAUUAUAACAAGGCAUUAAAGGACAAAUUGUAUUGUUGAUGAAUUCAGAGACAUGACCAAGUUACCUCCUUCUCUAAAUAGAACAAAUAUUUUCAUUUUAUUGGUGAAGCUGUUGUCCUCUAGGGUCUCCUUAUGCUAUCCCCAUAUGCUACCUAGUUCCCGGGUCCCAAGCAGGUCACUCUCCGUACCUCCCUAGAUUUGGUGCCUGGUCUGCCCUGGACUUCUGUUUCAGUAUUCUAGCUUUUCAUGGAGGUGAACCCUCACCUUCUUGUUAGUAAAUCUCUGCCAGCCAAAAUCAGAUAUAAGCCGUGAUUUGGAGAGGGAAAGAAUUUGGAAUACUUAGUUUCACUUAAUUAUCUGUGCUGAUGAAUGCUUAUGUCAGUAUUAAUAAAGGGGAAUUGAAAAUACUCUUUUCUACCUUCUUCCCCCAAAUUUGUGUUUCUGUCUCAACGAGGCAAGAAUCAACAGGGUAUGUGAUACUAUUUUAAGCUGCUCCACAUCAGGCUGAAAUCCUAAUUAUAGUUUAUAAGUCAAACAGACCAAUUCAAUAGUGAUGCUUUUCGUACGGUACCUGUGCUAAAGUAGACAAGUAUACAUUUUUCUAUGAGAAAUUUGUUUCUAUAUUCUCAGAACUUAUAGUAGAAUAAGUUGCUCCUUCCCUGCCAUCCCCCAACCCAACCAAUGCAGAGAUUAUGUCAGAACCCAUGAGCCACCCAAGCUGCUGUGUUCUUAUGCACAGCUCUCACAGUGGGGUUGAAAGGCAGUAUGAGGAGAAUUAGAAGUGCUGUAUUUUGUUCUAUAAAACAAUAAACUACUGUCUUAUGUACCAUUAAGAAAAUUACAAGAGUAUGCAGACUUAUGAUGACUCAUUUAGAGCAUGGGGAAUAGUUCAUGUGUUUGUUAAAUGAAAAUCAUAUGUAGCUAUUUAUGUAUCCCACAUCAUAACCAGAAAAACGUGUUUGUGAAUUUUCUAAACAAAGUGAUAUUUUAAACAUGAGUAAAUUUCAGUGUAUGCUUACCAGUUUACUAUUUGACUUUAUC